UCAAAAAUUGAGAUCUGAAUUGAGAUCAAAAUGAGAGCUCCUGUAAAACUCCUCGGCUUCGUCUUUUGGUUGUUUUCCUUAAAUUUUGCCCAAAGUCAAGCCCUGGCAUCACAGACCAUGAAAGUGCCAGCUCUAGGAAGACCUCUGUUUCCUGGUAUGCUUUAUGACUGCCGCAAGGAUACCUUCAUUCCAGGUGUCACUCUGUGGGAUAAGAAGUCACUGAUUGAAGAUUUGGACAGUCGUCCACAGUCAAGGACAGAUUUGAAGUUCAGUAGCUCCGACUCUCUCUCAAGUAAGUCCAGUCUCCUGGAUGUGACCGCUUCCUUGAAGGCCAGCUUCUUGGGAGGGCUAGUGGAGGUGGGAGGAUCUGCCAUGUUCCUGCGUAACACCAAAUCUUCAAACCAACAGUCCAGAGUUACAAUGUAUUACAGCGAAAGCACAAGAUUCGAACAGCUCACUAUGAGUCAUCUGGGUCAGAUCACUUACCCUCAGGUCUUUGACCAGAAAACUGCAACUCAUGUGGUCACAGGUGUACUAUAUGGAGCUCAGGCCAUCAUGGUGUUUGAUCGGACAUUUUCAGAAGAGGAAGAAAAGCAGGAGAUUGAGGGAGAACUGAAUGUCAUGGUCAAGAAAAUCCCUCUAUUUUCCAUUGAGGGACAAGGAGCUGUGAAAAUGACAGAUGGUCAAAAGAAAGUAGCUGAGAAGACUACCUGCACAUUUCAUGGUGACUUUCGCCUUGAUCAGAACCCCACCGCUUACAUGGAGGCCCUAGAGCUGUACAAGAAGCUCCCCAAUAUACUGAAGGAGAAUCCACAGAAUGCAGUUCCAAUAAAAGUCUGGCUCUAUCCACUUUUUCUACUGGAUACAAAAGCAGCUCAGUUGGAGAGAGAAAUUAGCACAAGUCUGGUUUUCAGCACUGAAGAUAUAAUCGAGAAGCUGGGAGAAGCAGAGAGGACAUGCAACGACCUGUCUAGAAAACCAAUUGUAAAUGUUUUCAAAGACAUCAAAGAGAGGCUCCUUUUAUUUCAGCGCUCUGUUAACAUUUACAAAACGGUGCUCCUGAAAGCAGUGGCCAAGGUAUUGCCUGCUAUACGAGGAGGAGAGAUGGAGCAAAAUUCAUUGGAAAACAUCCUGAAGAUCCACUACAGUUCCCCCUUUAAUGCUGACAUACUUAACCAGUGGUUAGAUCAUGCAAAGACUGAACUUAACCUCUUGAGUGCUCACACUGAGAUACUGAAGGGAAUCCGAACUGAAGACUCAAACCAACUCAACACCAUCCUCUUUAAUCCUAGUAUUGAUGUUGUGGUGUGCUUGACCUUCACAUCUCUGAAGUAUGAAGACCCAGAUCUCUCAACUCUGAAGAGUUUUCUGGAAUCUGUUGAGUUUGAAGGGCUAAAUGUGGAGAAACCACAGUCUAGCAUGUUAGCAUCUAUAACAAAGUGGUUCAACGAUCCUGUUAUUGUCUCAAAAAUGAGAAAGAACUUAUCUCUUUUCAGAAGUUUUUCAGAGAAUAAUAAAGAUGAAAAGGGAUAUCGAUUCAUUAUUUCUGCCAUCUCCGAUCCCUCCAGUCCAGGCUCCUCUAUCUAUCUGUAUGAAACAGGGAACCUGAUAGACACACAGUUCCAGCCUGUGUCGAAGCCUCCCCCACCAGAAGUGAAGAAGGUCCUGAAGGACAGUGUGUCCCUGAAACUGCAGAAGUCCUCAACUGGAGAAACCGUUCAGUACAGAGUGGAGUACCAGCAGGUGAAAGCAGAUUCUGGCUCUGAGGAACAGUGGAUUGUCAUAAACACAGAUGAUGAAAUCUUUACUCUGACGGGAUUGGAGUUUGGAAAGCAGUACAUGAUCCGCUACAGGAUAGUGGGUAAAGUGGGAGUCAGUGAAGCCAGUGACACUAUUGGCCCCAUACAGUCUUUACAAGUAACUUGUGAGCUUAAGUCAACCACAGUUGGAGUAAAAAGGAUCAACCCGGAGGGAAAAACUAUUUUCAGAGCUGGAGAAAGUGUGGAGAUCACCUGCACUGAAAGAUACUGGAUCUUUCGAACAAAAGAAAUCAUCCAAUCAUUUACAUGUGGAGAGAAUGGACAGUGGGAUCAUGAGCCUGUGUGUGCGGAAAUUAGAUGUAAAGUUCCAGAUGACCAGCGUGUGGUUACACCAGAAGUUUACUUCAAUGAUCUGAAAUUAGGAGAAAAAAUAUCUUACGCUUGCAUGCCUGGAUAUGAUAAAAUGUCAGCAGAGGCCACAUGCACACGAGACGGAUGGACACCAAACCCACUGUGUGCUGAAGUAACUUGUGAGCUUAAGUCAACCAGAUUUGGAAUAAAAAGGAUCAACCCGGAGGGGAAAACUAUUUUCAAAGCUGGAGAAAGUGUGGAGAUCACCUGCACUGAAAGAUACUCGAUCUUUCGAACAAAAGAAAUCAUCCAAUCAUUUACAUGUGGAGAGAAUGGACAGUGGGAUCAUGAGCCUGCGUGUGCGGAAAUUAGAUGUGAAGUUCCACGUGACCAGCAUGUGUAUAGCCCAGAAUCUUACUUCAGUGGAGAUAAGAAAUUGGGAGCAAGAAUAUCUUACUAUUGCACGUCUGGAUAUGAUAAAAUGUCAGCAGAGGCCACAUGCACACGAGACGGAUGGACACCAAACCCACUGUGUGCUGUAAACACGUGUGCAGCACCAAACAUCCCAAAUGCAGCGAUUAUGGGAGAUCAGAGAACAAUUUACAACAUCUAUUCAAGAAUACAAUAUAAAUGUAAUCCUGGGUUUGAACCAGAACAGCCUGUACAAAUCACCUGUACUUCCCAGCGUCAAUGGACAGGAAUACAGGAAUGCACUGCAAAGCAGAACUCGUGCCGUGAUCUAUCCGUGGAAAAUGGGUUCACAUACAGCAUCCCCUCCAAUAAGGAAGAAAUAUAUUACUCCUGCAACACGGGUUAUAAACCAUUCUCUGGGAACUGGUGGGAUUCAGCAACAUGCAACAAAGGCUCUUGGUCUGACGAAACUCGGUGCAUCCCGGAGGAUGAAUGUGGUGCUUUUCCCAGUGUUCACCAUGGAAAACUAAAGCAAACAAAAAAGCCAUUUCGUGAUGGAGCAUCAACAGCAUUUGAAUGUGAUCCAGGGUUCAUAUCAACUCCACACUCAAUAACAUGUAUCAAUGGUACAUGGGAGAAACCAGUGUGUAAGGUGGGUGCGCAUUGUGAUAUUCCUCCAAAGGUGGAAAAUGCAUUCAUAACAUCUAAACCUGAAGAAUUGUAUGUAGAUGAAUCUAGUGUAACAUACGCAUGCCGAAGCUCAUUCUUAAUGAUUGGGACAAGUAGAGUUUUCUGCCGCAAUGGAAAUUGGGAAGAAACACCAACAUGUGAAGAGGCAUCCUGUCCUAUCAAUACAACUAUGGAAGACUUAAAACUCAAUGGAUUCCCUGAAAUUGAGGGUUCAGUCAAAUCGGGACACAAGUUAACAUUUUCAUGCAUUGGACAAGGGAUGAAAUUAAAAGGACAGAAAGAAAUCAUCUGUCAAUCAAAUGGAGAAUGGAGCAGCCCUUUCCCUAAAUGUGAAGAGGUAAAGUGUGUCGCAAAACUGCCAGCAAACAUGAGAUCAGACCUCACUGCGGACGGACGCCUGGGGCCUGAGGUUUCAAUCAGACCUGGACACACAGUAACUCUUUCAUGUGUUGGGAGGCGAACAAAAUUACAAGGACAGAGUAAAAUCACCUGCUUGUCAAGUGGAGAAUGGAACGUCCCGUUUCCUAAAUGUGUUGGAGGUUGCUCUGAGAUCCCAGAGGUGGAGAAUGCAGAACUUGCUCAAAGCUCAAGGAAAAACAACUACUCUGAUGGCGAUAAACUUGACUACAACUGCAAACAUGGCUAUGCAUCUUCACUAAAUAUCACCUACAUAUGUAGGGAUAAUAAAUGGACUAAAUCACAUGCUGAAAAUUGUUCACAAGCAACAUGUCCUCUAAACAAAACAGUGGAAGACUCAAAAAUAGAGCGAUUCCCUGACAUUAAAGGUCCUGUCGAACAGGGACACAAGUUAAUAUUUUCAUGCAUUGGACAAGGGCUGAUUUUAAAAGGACAGAGGGAAAUCACCUGUCAGUCAAAUGGAGAAUGGAGUAGCCCUUUCCCUAAAUGUGAAGAGGUAAAGUGUGUCGCAAAACUGCCAGCAAACAUGAGAUCAGACGCCACUGAGGACGGACCCCUGGGGCCUGAGGUUUCAAUCACACCUGGACACACAAUAAAUCUUUCAUGUGUUGGGAGGGGAACAAAAUUACACGGAGAGCGAAAAAUCACCUGCUUGUCAAGUGGAGAAUGGAACGUCCCGUUUCCUAAAUGUGUAAGAGGUUGCUCUGAGAUCCCAGAGGUGGAGAAUGCAGAAGUUUCUCAAAGCUCAAGGAAAAACAACUACUCUAAUGGUGAUACACUUGACUACAACUGCAAACAUGGCCAUGUAUCUCCACAAAAAAUCAUCUACAUAUGUAGUAAGGAUAAAUGGACUAAACUGCGUGGUGAAAAAUGUUCACCCAAACGCUGUGAGCUGCCUGAAGAUAUUCCAAAUGGUCGAUACACUAUUGCAAUUGGCAGCAACUUUGUUUUUGGAACAACCAUCAAGUAUAUCUGCAGAGAUGGCUACCAGAUGACGAGUCGAUUUGACACCAGAACAUGUCGGGAUGGUGGAUGGGACAAUCAUUUACCUGUCUGUGAAGAGAUAACGUGUGUCCCAGGCCAGAUAGAGAAAAACAUGCGAGUGGAGGGACUCCCUGAUUAUGAUGAAUUAAUCAGAUAUGGACACAGGUUGACAUUUUCAUGUGUUGGUAAUGGUCAGAUUUUACAAGGACCGAAAGAAAUCACCUGCCAGUCGAAUGGGCAAUGGAGCAGCCAAUUUCCCAAAUGUGAAGUCAAACGCUGUGAGCUGCCUGAAGAUAUUCCAAAUGGUCGAUACAGUAUUGAAAGUGGCAGCAACUUUGUUUUUGGAACAACCAUCAAGUAUAUCUGCAGAGAUGGCUACCAGAUGAUGAGUCGAUUUGACACCAGAACAUGUCAGAUUGAUGGAUGGGACAAUCAAUUACCUGUCUGUGAAGAGGUUGUGUGUGUCACAAACCUGCCAGCAAACAUGAGAUCAGACGUCACCAGGGUUUCAAUCAGACCUGGAGACACAAUAACUGUUUCAUGUGUUGGGAGGGGAACAAAAUUACAAGGACAGAGUAAAAUCACCUGCUUGUCAAGUGGAGAAUGGAACGUCCCGUUUCCUAAAUGUGUAAGAGGGAAAUGUGAGCGACCACCACCAGUAGAGUUUGCAGAUACAACUAAAAUGACAAAAUCUGAAUAUGAUUCAAUGGAGAAAGUUGAAUACAUCUGCUUUCAUAAAUACACACUGGAUCUGAAUCCCCCCUACUCUAAAUACUUGACCUGUGAACAAGGCGAAUGGAGAGGGAACAUCAAGUGUUUAAAGCCUUGUACAGUGACGGUGGAGGAAAUGGAUGACAGAGGUAUACAGCUGCGAUGGGCUGGACGAGAAAAGAUAUUCUCACCACAUCAGGACAGAAUCACCUUUGCAUGUCUGUGGGGCAAACGUUUAAUAGACAGUAGCAAUAACCUAAUACAAUACUGUAAUGAUGGAGUGAUGAAUUUGCCCAGGUGUGUGUGACAAGGAGAAUAAAACAUCACUGAUACAUCAGCUACUAAUCAAAAACAAAUGGAGCAAAUCAAAAUAAACCCUUUUACAAUUCA